UUUGGACUGCAAAAAUGACAUUUAUUCGCUGGGUCAUUUUCUGCCUUUUGAUAUUCACAAAGAAAAGCAGAGAAACUUGGAGAUAUGGUAAUGAAAUUGGGCAAUCAGAACUUUUCAACACAAGAAAUCCAAUCAAGCUAGAGUAUUUGGUUGAACAAGAUGGAGUAGAGAUAGAAUGGCACAUAAAUGGAAAUUGCGUUGUCUCUAACAAGAGUUCUCAAGUUGCCUCCCUGACUUGCAGUAAACCAGGACAGUAUAAAGUAGAUCUUAAGUUGAACGGCAGCAGCACAGAGGAAGCAGGCCGCUAUAUAAAUGUUCAGGCCUACCACGCCUGUUAUCGAUGGUACUUGGUUAAAAGCGAUAAUCAGUAA